AUGUCAGGGUUACCAUAUCUCCAGAAACUGCGCAAGAGCGACCUCACCGAGUUCGCCGAGACCAGCAAAUUGCCUGAUUUUGCUCAUUUGAAGAAGGCUGAGCUCGAGAUCGCUCUCGACGAACACUUGCGCUCCAACUCGACGACCUACGGCAAAGAUCCCUCUUUGAGCGAAUACUACAAGCGUCUGGCGAGCAGCUCGCGAUCGCCCACCAAGAGAACGGCAGCCGAAAAGGUCUCGGACAGUGUCAAGACGGACGACGAUGUCCCUGCUCCUGUAAAGAAGCCGAGAAGGAAGACGACCUCGACCACUCAAGAAGCCGAGGAACCAGCACCAGUCGUCAAUGCGCUCAUCAAGACCCCAGCCAAAGAGGUCGCGCGUCGGACUUCGAUUCUGGCCUCCCAGAUUCCCAUACCGCCCUCGCCGGCCGUGGUCACGGACGCCAUUGACCAACAGACGCGUCGCAUUCGAACCUCCAUCUCCCAUGCUUAUGAGCAAACUCAGAUCCACGAAUUUGCUGAUGCCACACGCGAUAUUCUCUCGUCACCUAUGACGGUCAUCGUGCUCGCCGUCCUGCUGGAGGCGUAUGGCCUCCGCCCGCAAAUCUUGCCCAACAAGCUGUUGACUGAGGUUCCCGCCAUCCCGUACAUCAAGUCAACCAAGACACCAAUCCUGGUGCCAGAUCUUUUCCUGCUACUGGAUUCCAAGUUCUGGUCCCCCUUCUCACUGUGGACACUGACUUCGCUGGUUAUCCCAGCCGCCAUUUCGUACUUCAUCAAUCUGCCGCUGAAGGCUCAUCCUAGCCACAGUUAUUCGACGCGUCGAGCGGCUCUCCAGGCGAACACGCAAAUGCAAUUCGAUCCCUUCAUUUUCAGUCUCGCCAAAGGCUUGAUUGUAUAUCUGGUGUAUGCCUAUCACUACUCGCUGGGUGGAAUCUAUAGCAACUACACGAUUGCGACUGUCAAUGAGAGCAUUCCAGGUGGUUACUUUGCUGUGUUGGUCGGUUCCGGCCUGGGCGCCGCGGUGAGCUUGUACGAAGCUGUCCUGAAGAAAUAG